AUGUACGUUCCCUUUUUCAUCGACGAUGUUUUAGUGUUAGUACGUGUGUGUGUGUGUGUGUGUGUGCGCGCGCUGCUACGCAUAAUAACUCCUUUUGUCAAGCAAAAGCUUUCCGCUUUUUUUUUCUUUUUCUUCUUCUUUCCUGCUCUUCUGUUCUCCCUCGUGCGAGUGUGUAAGCCAGUGGCAUUAAGUGUGUGUGUGUGUGAGAGAGAGAGUUUAGUUUUCCCCUUUUUUCUUUGUGUCUUUUCGAGCACCAGCAGUUACGUUUGGUGGAUCUGGCGAAGCAUCACCUUUUGUGUUGUUCUUCUUCUUUGUAACACGGCGCUGAAGUCUGCAGCCAGCGCGCGGAAUGGAAGGCACGCCAUAUACGUGUGGAUACAAGCUCCCCUGGGCAUUGGCGACCAGCUCCUUCGUAACUCCCCCUCCCCCUCCCCCUCUCUCCCCCUGUACGUUGCCUUCUGCUGUUGA